UGCCCAGCGCCCUACCCACCCUUCGUUUCAGGCAUGGUUUGUGGCCUUCCCUUGUUCCCCGUUGCAGCCCACGCCGCACUGGUGCCUUUUUCUGCCCUGGGAUCCCAUCAUUCGAACCCUGCAUGACCGGGAAUGGACAGCAGCCUCCCUCUUGGUUAUCUUUCGGGGGUUUGGUUUGACUGCUGAUCGCGGCAGCAGCGUCGCUUCUGACCACAACCAACGAUGCCACCCCCGAGGAUGCGGUAAAUUGGUUCCUACUACUGAUACCCUGAGGCCUGAGCCAAAGUUAGUCGCCCGCCCGCUGGUUCAUCGCCCGCUGCUCGCCGCCGCACCUCGAAAUCGUUAUUUUGCGACUUUGACGGCAGCGACGGCAGCUGGCGCUCAGAAAACCAUGAUUCUGAGGGAUCUGAGGCGCCUGGCCCUCUUGGUCGGGCCCUUCGCGGUCCUGCUGCUGCUGAGCGCCAGCCUCUGGCGGUCGCACACCGACGGCCUGCGCUCCCAGGUCGGCGCCUUUCUCGUCACUUACGGGCCGUCCGCGUCCCGGUCGUCGUCGUCGUCGUCGUCGUCGUCGUCGUCCGCCUCGUUGCGCAAGCCGCGGCUGACCCCAAACGAGACACACUACGAGGUCUUCUCCCAGUCCACCCCCGACGCCGAGUUCUUCGACAUCCGCUUCGACGAGGACGUCUUAACCCCGAGUGUCAUCCCCCAUCCGAAGCUCAACGAUACCUGGUACGUGGUGGCCCAGCUGCCCGCCAAGCGCGAGAAGGGCGGCAUCGACGUGUGGGCCGAAGAGGUCGGCUGCCUCGCCCAGUUCUACAAGGGUGCCCUGAUGUGCAUCGAGAACACACAGCCGCUCCCCUACGAGCCGACCCUGAACGGGAACUGCAAGGGAAACGUCGAACUCCUGAACCUCCAGCGCGGGCCCCGCGAGGCCCGCGUCUUCUUCGGGCCCAAGAACCCCUGGACCGCCUACGGCUCCAACAGCGCGAUAGGCUGCUAUGGCCAGUUUAUCCAGGACUUCCGCGCCCUCGACGUCCUGGCCCCCGAGUGGACGGCCAACGCCGCCCACCCCGACUUCCGCGUCGGGUCCGAGAUCCGGCGGUCGCCGCAAUCUAACCCCGUGCAGAAGGACUACUUCCUCUUCUGGGACAAGGACGACGCGAUGCACGUGCACUACAACAUGUUCCCGACCCGGGGUUACGCGAAGCUCGAGGCCCAGGGCAAGACCGGGCCGGAUCUUGCUGGCAAGACGGCCAAGUCGGACACCAAGUGCCUCCGCCGCUACCUUCCCAAGCUGUCGGACAAGUCCCAGUCGAUCCGGCAGGCGACCAACUCGCUCCGCGUCACCCUGUGCAGCCGCGCCGAAGCGAAGUGCACGCCGCACGACGGGAACACCUUCAUCAUGACCCUGGUCCAGCACCAGACCGAUUUCGUCCACCACAGCGAGUACGAGCCCUACGUCGUCCUCUUCCGGCAGCACCCGCCCUUCGAGCUGUACGCCGUCUCCCGCCGGCCGCUCUGGAUCAGCGGGCGCACCCGCCGCGAGGGCCUGCCCGCCGACAUCGUCUCCGUCACCUCGGUCAACUGGAGGGACCGUGGCCUCAACUACCACGGCUAUCUCGACGACGUCGUCAUGCUCGCCUUCCAGUAUGGCAACAGGCACUCGGCCGGCAUCGACGUCCGCGCCGGCGACCUGCUCGUUGACCUGGGUCUUUGCCAGGACAGCUCAUGAUUGGCGAUAUCGUUUCCGCCAUCCUCCCCGUCGUCCUUCACUCUUUUUUUUUUUUCUUACCCGCUUGUAUUUCAUCCUCACGCAGUCCUAGGAUUGACUGUACUUAGUGGUGUGACGAUGGCGGCCCUUCUUUUCAGUCAUGUACUAAUCAAUAAAUGUACAUGGCUCGGGAUCACGGAGUUCGGGAGUCUGUUGCGCAUUGGGAAGCUAGAGGCAGUAUCUGCCGGGGGUGGUAAAUCUGGUACUGCCAGUUGGCCUCAGAGAGGAGGCUGAGUUACUCCUCUUUCCGUUUACUAUAUACCCUCUACUGGAUAUGAACUUCCUCCUUCUUCUUCCCGCAUGCAUGCCUUACCUGUUCUCCUGCUUCCUUGCAACGGUCUGUCGCCCAUAGCAAAGUGGUGCAGGAGCGACACCCUCCCUCACUCCGUUCUCCCUUUGGCCGACGCUUCCUGCGGAUGCUAAGACCCUAGACCUUCCUUGCGCCUUCUCUCCUCUGCCCAACAACCCUCCCGGGGGUGCCGACUCGGAUCAACACCAAGCAAGAAAAAGGCGCCGAUUUCCGCGCCCUCCCGGGCCGCUCCCGUGCAUCUCAACUCGCACAC